CACAGAUACUGAAUCGCUUCCUGGUUGAUGUGGACACAGAAGAACUACUGGGUGAGGUCUGUUGUGGCAGUUGGGUAGCGUUUCAUCACCAAGGAAAGCAGUGAACUUGAACCUGCAAAGCCCCGGGUUCCGUCAACUUAAUUCGGUGUUAAACUCUGUUAUUCGGGAGCUUCCCGUCCGUCGCCCCGGUGCUGCGGUGAAUCUUCGUGUAGCUCCCUGCGGCUUGUUAGCCGCUGUUCGUCGCUGAGACUGCACGCCCGGGCAAGUGAACCUGUCACCAGCCUCUUUUGUCUCACCCAUAUCGCUGGCUUCUCCCCCUUUUGCCCGUUAAUCAACCCCUUUUCCUACGUAUUCUGCUCACGUCUCCGUUGUGGACAUCGUCCCGGUCCGACGCCGAGCAGCCCCGCCACCGCUAGACAAAGAAGAUGCACUGACCGGAUGCAGCAAUGUGUGAUAUGACCUCCGCGCGCGCCCCGCUGGAAAGUUCGGAACCCAAUUAACGUCAGCUCGUCCCCGACAGUGAGACAUGGCGGCCUCCAAAGCUAAAGUCGGAGUCAACAGUGAGACCAACUCUCUGAAAGAAAGCAAAGGCAACGCCAGCUGUUCGGCCGGAGAAGCGGCACCGACCAACCGGAUGUACGGCCUGGAUGACCUGGAGACCAUCGCCACGGUCGGCACAGGGACCUUUGGCCGAGUGUUCCUGGUGAAGGACAAGAAGAGCAGGGCUUUCUACGCCCUGAAGCAGAUGAAGAUCCCAGACGUGAUCCGGCUGAAGCAGGAGCAGCACGUCCACAACGAGAAGGAGGUGCUGUCUGAGGUCAACCACCCCUUCCUCAUCCGACUGUUCUGGACCCACCACGACGAGCGCUUCCUCUACAUGCUGAUGGACUACGUGGCGGGCGGCGAGCUGUUUAGCUUCCUGCGCAGCCGUGGGCGCUUCAGCAACGCCACGGGCCUCUUCUACACCUCGGAGAUCGUGUGCGCCAUCGAGUACCUGCACUCCAGGGAAGUGGUGUACCGGGACCUCAAGCCCGAAAACAUCCUGCUGGACAGCGAAGGACACAUCCGCCUGACCGACUUUGGCUUCGCUAAGAAGCUCUCCGACAGGACCUGGACUCUGUGCGGCACCCCCGAGUACCUGGCUCCAGAGGUCAUCCAGAGCAAAGGUCACGGCCGGGCGGUGGACUGGUGGGCUCUGGGCAUCCUGGUCUUUGAAAUGCUGGCCGGGUACCCCCCAUUCUUUGAUGACAACCCGUUUGGAAUCUAUCAGAAGAUUCUGGCGGGAAAGCUGGAGUUCCCACGUCACCUGGACUUCUACGUCAAAGACCUCAUCAAGAAGUUCCUGGUCAUUGACCGAGCCCGACGGCUGGGCAACAUGAAGAAUGGAGUGGAUGACGUGAAGAAGCACCGGUGGUUCAAGACCAUUGACUGGGACGGUGUUCCUCUGAGGAAACUAAAGCCUCCCAUUGUCCCCAAAGUGUCCCACGAGGGUGACACAUCCAACUUUGACGUUUACCCCGAGGACGACUGGAAGAAAGACCCUCCUGUGCCUGAGAAGGACUUAGAGAUCUUCAAGAACUUCUGAUCAGCCAGCCUGGUUUAUUUAUUGAUGGCAUGUUUCAGGCUUUGAGCCAACAUGGCGUAUAGUAACUGUCCCAGCUGCUAUCAAGGAGAGGAUGCCUGUUUGUCAAGGAAGGCCCCCCCCCCCCCCCAAAAGACAAGCUCCAGAUGAUUGAUGCUGCGACAUGUAUCAUACCACAGAGAUGAUUUGCUUUUUAUAUUUUUUAUUUAUCUAACUAAACCUUUGCUGGUUUCAUUUUUUUUAUCACUGUUAUUUCUCUGAGCCUACUCGUAUGCAAAAAAACAACUAAUGAGUUUCCUUUGAAACCAAAAGACUGUUACUUUCUAGGUUUAAAAAAAACAACAGAAAAAUCAGGUCCUUUUUUACACCAUUAUGUUUUAUGUUAUCUCUUUUGAAAGAUGUUCAUUCAGUCACAUGUAUGUGACUCCAUGCUGGUGCUGUAACUGUCCCGUGGCCAGUAGUCAUCAGUGCAGUCUGACACACAUUAAUCUGCAUGUAGUCAUGAGUCAACCACCAUUUUAGAAGGUGCCUUCCAUCACAGUUUGAUGGGCAUGAUGUUCCGUGGAGGCAGUGCUCUCCUCAGCCUCCGCCAAUGACCAGCGAGCUGCUGAUUGGCCGCCAAGCAUCCUGUAAACUCCUAUCAUGUCGCAGCUUUAUCCACAGCCGGAGCACUUUGUGAUCAGUGUACAGUCCCAGCCGCUCUUUCCCUCACGCUCUGUGCUCUUCUUUCCGUGUCACCUGACCAUCCCGGAUGCUGGAGGCCGACUGACUGUGUGAGUUAAGAGUCCAGAUCCAGCUCUGCUCUGAGGCCCCUUUGGUGAAUUUGGAAAUGUGCAAAUGUGGUACCUGUUACCCGGAGAAGCUGCAUGUCAAUGGCUCAACAAAGCACAGUUGAGGACAUUAUCUGAUGGAUGGCAGACAGCCCAUCACUCCUCUCCAGUGGGUCAGUUACCUUUAACGAGUCGUCACCUGACUGUAGACACAAGACUAUUUGUGAGACUCUACUAUAUUUACCAGCCCCUUGACAUCCUCAUAACACCAUUUCCUCAAUUAAACAUGCAGUUGGUGAGUUAGGCUGGUAGCAUUGACAUGAAUACGGCUUGAAUCUAUUAUAGAUUUCAAAUAAAACUGUGAUGUGGGCAUUUGAGUGACCUGAAUCUGACAAUAUCUUUGAAAUGUAUCGACGGACAUUUCUUGUUAUAUAUUGGAAGCCUACACUUUUACUGAUAUAUCUGCUAAUAUUAACCCAUAAUAUCAACGUGGAGGAUGUUUCAGUCCAGGAUAUCCAAUUUUGGCUGCUUCAUAUUGAACCCAUUGUCCCUGUUUUUAAAAACGCAUACAGUCCAUCACAUGCUGAUGGUUAAACCUUAAUGAGCAAACUUCAGAAGUAUUAAAGGCAUCAGAAAGCACUCUGUAGCUUAUACCAAGCUUUUGUAAUGUACAGAAAAGAAACCUCACUGAUGUUCACAAUGCCUGUAACAAGGGAGACUAAAAGCACCCGCUGGACACCGGCGACCCAGAGGCAGGGAUCCGCUGUGUGGUCGUGUUUAAGCAGACCAUCAGUCAACAGAGACAACGUGCACGGCUAGCUUUGUUCAGCUAGUUUGCGGAGCUUCCUAAUUCCUAAACAAUAGUUUGAGAUUGUUGAUUUCUUACCUUGGAAAUUGGCAGUAAGAAAUGUAAUAAUGAAAAAGCAUACAGAUAUAAAGCUCCAGGGCAUGUCAUGUUCAGCUAGCAUCGUAGCUCGGCUGACGAUAGCAUUUAGCAGGAGCGUUGAAGGAUGUGGCCGAUCAGACGUGGACUAAAAGCGGUUAUUCCCACUGAGCGUCGUAUUCGUGUCCCCCCUAUGUAUCGUGCUCAUCCCUAUAGAGCCUCAUUGUACAAAGCAUGUGUCCUUAACCUCCAAACUCAGCCACUUAUGUCUUACCUUGCAAUAUCUUCAUAUUUCUCAGCCUUUGUCGUGUUUGCGCCAUCAUGCAUUGUUUUCUAACCUAUAACAACGCAUAGAUAUAUAGUAACUCCUUUUGUACCUUUCUUUAUGGAACUUAAAGCAACGGCACAUGUUUGUAUUAAGACUUGUUGGGUCAUGGAGAUGUUUGAAAGUCAUAAGAAAAACACUUUUCUCCUUC